AUGAGCCGGAGUCCCUGCAGCUGCUGCCCGUCUUCACCCCGCUGCAGCCCCCUGACAGCAGCCCUGCGCCCGCGCCCCUCGGACGGUUAUAAAGAAGAAAAGACCAUGCUUUCUUUCGAAGUGAAGUGUGAUUUUGAUUGUGACCAUGUUCAUUCUGGACUACAGCUGGUCAAGCCAGAUGGUGAUAGCGGAGUGGGCUCCUGGACUCCUGUGUAUUUGAAAGGUUCUUGUAAAGGCUGCAGUAAGGCCUGUGAGAGGUUGUCAAACAUUGAAUCCCCUAUUGUGAGCCCCACGCCUGCAGAGCUAGAAACGGAAAGCAAGCCUUUGUACAACAAGGAAAACCAACAUGUACAACAAACGUUUGACAGUCCAAAUGACAGAGAACUGGAGACCAGUCGAUUUUAUGAAGACAGUGGGUAUUCCUCAUUUUCUCAACCCGGUGGUCUCAGUGAACAUGAGGAGGAGAGCAUUAGUGAGAGUUCACAGACGUCCUACCUGCUGCAAACACAGAGCCCAGACCAGUAUCCCAACAAAAGCUUGCUGCCAGUUCUUCAUUUUCAAAAAGUUGUUUGUUCGACGUUAAAAAAGAAUGCCAAGCGAAAUCCUAAAGUGGAUCUGGAGCUACUAAAGAAAAUUAUAUCCUGUGGAAAUUUUAAACUACAGAAUAUAAUUGGCCGGAAAAUGGGACUAGAAUGUGUGGAUAUUCUCAGCGAACUGUUUCAAAGAGGAUUCAAACUUCUCCUGGCUGGUAUUUUAGCACAGCUCAGUGAUAUGGACUUAAUCAAUGUGGCUAAAGUGAGUACAACCUGGAAGAAGAUUCUCGAAGAUGAUAAGGAGGCAUUCCAAUUGUACACUAAAGCAAUGCAAAGAGUUUCGGAAAAUGUUAUUAAAUUUUCACCACAUGCUUCAACCAGGGAAUAUACUAUGUUUAGAACAGCAUUAGCAUCUGUUCAAAAAUCAGCAGUCCAGACUCACUCCAAAAAAGACCCUCAAACCAAGUUAUCCAAUCAAGGUAAUCAGGAAGGCUCUGCUUACAGUCGUCACAAUGAGUUCUCUGAGGUUGCCAGGACUUUAAAAAAUAAUGAAAGCCUCAAAGCCUGCGUUCGCUGCAAUUCACCUGCAAAAUACGAUGGCUAUUUACAACGGGCCACCUGCAAACGAGAAAGCUGUGGGUUUGAUUAUUGUACAAGAUGUCUCUGUGAUUACCAUACCACGAAAAACUGUUCAAACAGCAAGCCUCUAAAAGCCAAAAUGGGACCUCUGCCUGGUACUAAAAAAAGCAAAAAGAAUUUGCGAAGAUUGUGA